AGCAGCCAGCCAGCCAGAGAGUCAGCCAGUUAUCCAUGACUAAUAGAUCAUUGACUUGCUACAAUGGCAUUUAUCAACCACAUAAGCGUUUAAAAUGGCAAUACGUGAUACCACCGCGACAGGAGCUGUAAGACAUGGCGUGUUUGGUUGCGGUUUGCAGGGACGGGGAAGAGGACUUCCCUUUCCUCGCAAGACAGAUUCCCCUGUACAUCGAUGACACCCUCACAAUGGUGAUGGAGUUUACUGACGAUGCCAUGAACCUUGACAGUCACCAGAUCAACAGCUCUGAGAUGAAGCAGUUUGUUGAGCAUCACAGCAUGCUGAAGCAGCAGGACCUGAACAACGCCAUGAUUGUGUCGUCCAGGGAGAUGUUCAGCGCCCUGUCCCAGCUGGUGCCGUGCGUGGGCUGCAGGCGGAGUGUGGAGCGCCUCUUCUCCCAGCUGGUGGAGUCUGGGAACCCGGCUCUGGAGCCCCUCACUGUGAAGCCCAUCGGCGUGCUCUCUGUCACCAAGGCCUGCGUGGUCAACGCAAAGAAGCUCUACACCCUCUUCUACGUCCACGGGUCAAAGUUGAAUGACAUGAUCGACGCCAUUCCAAGCAAAAAGAAUAAACGCUGCCAGUUGCACUCCUUAGACACACACAAACCUAAGCCACUGGGGGGAAGCUGGAUGGAGGUGUGGGAGCGCAUGUCUCAGGAGUGCAGGGAUGAGGUCGUUCUGAUUGACGGUGCUUGCCUCCUGGAAACUCUGGAAACAUACUUGCGCAAACACAGGUUCUGUACUGACUGCAAGAACAAGUCAUUGAGAGCAUAUAACAUCCUGGUAGGGGAGCUGGACUCCACUAAAGAGAAGGGCUACUGCGCUGCCUUGUACGAGGGUAUCCGCUGCUGCCCCCACGAGCGCCACAUCCAUGUCUGCUGCGAGACGGACUUCAUCGCCCACCUCCUGGGCCGGGCCGAGCCCGAGUUCACCGGAGGUUAUGAACGUAGAGAGCGGCACGCUAAGACCAUUGACAUUGCUCAAGAGGAAGUGCUGACCUGCCUGGGCAUCCACCUGUACGAGCGGCUGCACAGAAUCUGGCUGAAGCUGAGGGCAGAGGAGCAAACCUGGCAGAUGCUCUUCUACCUUGGCAUUGACGCUCUACGCAAAAGCUUUGAGAUGGCGGUGGAGAAGGUGCAAGGCAUCAGUCGUCUGGAGCAGCUGUGUGAAGAGCUGUCGGAGGAGGAGAGGGCCAAGGAGCUGAAGCAGGAGAAGAAGAGGCAGAAGAAGAAGAACAGACGAAAAAACAAGUGCGGCUUCAACAUGUCCGACGGGAAGGAGAAGAGUCUGGAUGAGGCUUCAUUAGAGUCUGUGGAGAGAAGAGGCUGCAAGGCCUGUGGAAGCCCAGAGGUGGAGGGUCAUGUCAGCUGUGUGGAGGUGGUCGUCACCAGCAACGAGAGCACUACUUCCUGCAGCUGUCCAGACGGCACCGUUCCCAAAGUCAAGAAAGGUUUGUCACCCCACAGCAAUGGGAGUGACUGUGGCUACUCUUCUAGCAUGGAAGGCAGCGAGACUGGCUCACGGGAGGGCUCUGACGUCGCCUGCACUGAUGGAAUCUGCAACCAUGAGGAAGCAGGAGACUACUUGUGUGGUCACCAUCAUAAUCACUGUGAUGAAGACGAGGAGUACGGGGUAUACAGCUGUGUGGAGUGCUGGGUUAACUCUGAAGAAAACACGAAGGGCAAGAAAAAUAAUAAGAAAAGAAAGAACAAUGGCUCGUUAUGUAACGAUCAGGGUGGAAAAGCAGAGGGUUGUGUGAUGGAAGGGUACAGGAGAGGGAAAAACACUUCUACAACGUCACCUGUGUGCAGAACCAAAGAGACGUGUGCCAAGUUGUGCUGUGACACCUUUUCUAGCAUUGCACUGCAGUUACCAUGGGCAGGACAUCAAAAGAACAUGAGCCAUUAUCUGGAGGCAAACAUGUGUGGUCAGAGGAACACCAGCGCCAACAGUCUCAUGGAACUACUGGACGACUCUGAAGUCACUUCAGACGAAGAGAACUGCCUCACGCAGGACGAGAUCCAGUUGUUUGUGGAUAGCAACAAGUCCUUCUACAACAACCGCCACCAGUACAGACAGCACCUGAAGGAUAAAUUUACCAAGUACUGCCGCGGCGGUGGAGAGUGGUUCGCUGCUGCCACCACCAGCGUCAAAUAAUGAAUUCGCUGCUAUUGCACGACUCUACUGUUAAGUCUUUUUAACACAUGAGUAUUACCAUUGCUCUGUGCGUACCGCCUUUAAAACAAAUAGAAAAAGUACAUUUUGGUCUGGUGUUUAUUUUGUCCCCCACUCUGUGGUUGAAGUAAAUGUGAAUCUUAAUUUCCCCCAUUUGUUUGUCUUCUCUCCAUCUAUCUCUGUCCCUACUGUUCAUCUAUCUCUGUCCCUACUGUUCAUCUAUCUCUGUCCCUCCUGUUCACCUAUCUCUGUCCCUCCUGUUCACCUAUCUCUGUCCCUACUGUUCACCUAUCUUGUCACCUCUCCUCAUUCACCUUGUCGCCCCAUCUUUGUUCUCCUCCCUCCCAGCCUGACCAGUUUCUUUCUGGUCUCAUUUUGUAGGGCUGAUGGAUUUAUUUGUUGUAGCACAGUAGAUCUGAUAAUCAAGCUGUGACAUUAGGAUUUAAAUGUUGGUAGUCAGUCCUGUGGCGUUUUUUUUUUUCUCGCAUAUUCCUUUUUGUGUGUCUCACUUAUUACUCUGACACUUCAUUUUAGUGGAAUAAGUUGCACCAAUAAAUGUGUACAUAAAUGAAAUGAUCUGAAUAUAAAGAUUUUACAGUAAGACAAUGUGUAAGAUUUACUAAAUAAAAAAUAUUUAUUAAUAUGCGUUUUGAUAGUAGUUUGUGCUUCUGACCUGGCUACCUACCAUGUGCUAUGUUUUUGAAUAACCAGUAGAUGGCGUAAUAUGACAAGUUUAGCCUCACAGGCCUGUCAUUGGGAGCUGACCGAAAGCAUGGUACUUUGUUAGACUAAUUAUUCCAUACCAAUAACUUGUUAUAUUCUGAGUUUUCUGUUUUUACACAUGGAAAGUUUUGCAAUAAAUUCCCUCAAGUUUGCA